CGGGAGAUGGUGACACAUGAAGCGCGCGGGGAGGACCAUGGUUGAGAGGACCAGCAAGUUCCUGCUGAUCGUGGCCGCGUCCGUGUGCUUCAUGCUCAUCCUGUACCAGUACGUGGGGCCGGGGCUGAGCCUGGGCGCGCCCAGCGGCCGCCCCUACGCCGAGGAGCCGGACCUGUUCCCCACGCCGGACCCGCACUACGUGAAGAAGUACUACUUCCCUGUGCGCGAGCUGGAGCGGGAGCUCGCCUUCGACAUGAAGGGCGAGGACGUGAUCGUGUUCCUGCACAUCCAGAAGACGGGCGGCACCACCUUCGGCCGCCACCUGGUGCAGAACGUGCGCUUGGAGGUGCCCUGCGACUGCCGGCCCGGCCAGAAGAAGUGCACCUGCUACCGGCCCAACCGCCGAGAGACCUGGCUCUUCUCCCGCUUCUCCACCGGCUGGAGCUGCGGGCUGCACGCCGACUGGACCGAGCUCACCAACUGCGUGCCCGGCGUGCUGGGCC